UGUGUACAUAGACCUACCUAGAUUAAUUGAUUGGUCAUUGGCCCCUGUGACAGUAUCACCUAUAGCUUCAUUGAACAUACUCAAUCAAAUUCCAUUGAAACGAAGGAAAAUCAAUAUCAUCCAUUCAUCAGCUCAUUUACCAAUGGGUUAUGUAACGCUAGCUUGACAUAAUAAGCGUAAGAGUGACUGUCCAUGGGAGCACCAUGUUGUUGGUAUUUGAAUGUGGAUGACUCUUCUGAUGACCUUCAGAGCUACGUCUAGGCAUAUCUCUUGACUGUGCGAGACAUUCACAUUUGGAUCCUCAGGACCUCAUUAGGGCUUUAGGUUGGUAGAUAACUGGUAGACAGACACACCCCACACACACACACAAACACACAGACACAUCCAAGAUGGCCGACACGUUACCCAACGAGCUGGAGGAAGCUCCUCAGAGUCCCGCCAUGAACGGCAAGUCGUCCGGGAAACACCGUGAGAUCGACAACCUGGACUUGGACGAUCCAGAGGUCCAAAAGGACAUGCAGAGACCGGCACACAUCAAGAACGACAUCAAAGAGAUGGACCGUAACAAGCGAGUCUCGCUCAUUCUAAACAGCGAAGCUUUCAGAGAAGAACUAGAAGCCAUCAUCGACAGUCAACUAAAGGGUAUAUUCCCAACCUGUCGUGCUGACGUCGAUAUCUGUCGGGGUUUCCAGAGCGGUCCACACCCCGCCAGCCUUCUAGCGCUACAGCAAAUCUCCGAACUGGUGCUGCCUCAGUCCCGCUUCAACCAGAGCUCAGGGAGGAGUCUUGGAGGAGCAGGAAGAUACGGAACAGGUUCGAGUUGUGUUAUACCAGUAGCAGACAUCCGAGGUUCUGACUCUCACAACUACACAAAGGGAGAGAAGGCUCUUCGCUGCAAGCUUGCCUCCCUCUAUCGUCUUGUAGACCUCCAUGGCUGGACCCAUCUCAUAUACAACCACAUCUCGGCCCGUGUCAGCAAGGAGCAAGACCAAUUCCUGAUCAACCCCUUUGGCCUCCUCUACCACGAGGUCACCGCGUCCUCCCUCGUCAAGCUCGACUCCGUAGGCAACAUCAUCGACCACGGCACCACAUCCUAUGGCCCCAACCUGGCCGGCUUCACACUCCACUCCGCUAUCCACAAUGCCAGACCAGAUGUCAAAUGCAUCCUCCACGCCCACACGCCAGUCAUUGCUGCUGUAUCCGCCAUGUCGUGCGGUCUCCUGCCCAUCUGCCAGGAGGCUCUCAUCCUGGGUGAGGUCUCGUACUACGACUACAAGGGCAUCAUCAUCGAUGACGAACAGAAGGACAGCAUCAUCAGGGCACUGGGUCCCAAGAAGAGGGUCCUGUUCCUACGCAACCACGGUGUCGUAUGCUGCGGACAGACCAUCGAGGAGGCCUACUUUCUCACGGUCAACGUCGUGGCAGCAUGUAAUACACAGGUUCAAGCAAUGACUGCAGGUAUAGACCACCUGAUCCAGGUAUCAUCAGAGAUUGCAGAGAAGACCCGUGAGGUCGCAUCCCAGGGCGGUGGAGGCGUACAGGGAGACGAUCAGAUCAAGAAGUGGCGCUGGGGAGAGCUCGAGUUUGAGGCUAUGAUGAGGCAACUGGAUAACAUGGGUCACAGAACCGGUUACAUCUACCACGCCCCUCUGACCCGGUCCGAGCCCAAGCCACGCAGCGACGUCGCCUACCCGGCCGUCUCCACCGGUGUCACCUACAUCUACGACGAUGACGUGGACGCCAGCAAGUACGAGUCACCCCUCAAGAUGCUCAACAGGAGAAAGGCAAACGAGAAGACCAAAUGGAUGAACACUCCCAACUCGUAUUCCAAGGUGGAGGUGCCGGUGGAACAGAACGGAGAGGAGAGCCCCAAGACCAAGACAAAGUGGGUGAGUGAAGUAGACAAGACAGCAGGACACUCCACUAAGCACCAGGAUCCUCAACAGUUUGCCAAGCAGAGCGACAACCCUAGAGAAUUCAAGACAAACGCCAAGAAGGUGACAGCUGAACAAUUCACGGACAACAAGAACCCAGGCCCCACAUCACAGGUCCUAGCUGGUAUCGAUGAUGGACGCAAAGUACAGAUCGUGGCAAACGACGCCCAGUUGUCUAAUUCCCAAGAGAAGUUGAUCCGCGAAACACAGGGCCAGAACAUACAGCCUGGUCAGUUCUCCGUGGGGUCAAAGGGCAUCGUCCAGCGUGACCACCAGAACGACGCCCUCGUCUACACCGUGUACUCGCCGAACCCGUUCUGCAGCAUGACAGAAAAGGAUAUCCUGGAGUACAAGAGAGAAAUCGCUGAGAAAACUGGACAAGAUGUACAAGAGAUUGAGCUGAUCUUCCAGGCCCCAGAGGAAGAGGACAACAAGCUGGUAGACGCCCAGGGUGAAGGCAAGACCAUCACAACUACCAAGAUCUCUACUACAGUCACAAUGGCAGGAGAGGGUGACACUGCCACAGUUCACAAGACAAGAGUGACAGAGAAAACAACCAUCAACGGAAGGGACGAAAACGAGGACGAUGAAAGGGAGCCCUCACCUGGUGUUGACAGCACAGGAUCAUCACCGACGAAGGACCCUAUGUCGCCCUCUAAGAAGUCGAAAAAGAAAUUCCGCACGCCAUCGUUCUUGAAAAAGAAAGAGAAGAAGGAGAAGAAGGGAGAAUAGCGCCCUUUCUCUCGCACUUUUGAGUCAUGCAAUGCGAAAGUGAUAAUUGCCGUGUUCUAGAAAAAAUUUUCAUCAUCCAAUGCAAAGAUAUCUGUAGGGAUAAUUUGUAAGUAAACCAGGUAUGUGGCGGCAUGUAUGUUAGAACUCGGACAUACCAUGGAAUAUAUGUAAAUUGAUGAGUUGGUUAUGAAAAGAAUCAAGAUACGCGAUGUGUAUGAUAUCUAUAAAGUGUAUGCAACGACUCAAAAUGACAAAGCUCUUAAGUCUCUCGGAGGCGUCAGAAGGGCAGUGUUCAACGCUGUGUACCUAAUAUUAAAAAAAGGUAGUUGAUAGAGUUCGAUCCUUUGCAUUUUCUUAGCCACUCUAGUGUAAAUGAAUAUAAGAUGAAGAGGUGAUAUAACGGAUGUAAGGAAUGCUCAAGUCUCGUUUCUCAAUCAAAAAGUACUGAUCUCUUUGUUAUAAUUGUGUGAUGAUUGGUUUUUUAAUCAGGCUCUUCAUAAACCUGUAGUUAUUGUACAUCAUGCCUGGUCUUGUUUGGAAAUAUUUCAUGUUCUUAUUCGUAGAGGAGGAUUUCUUAUUGCCUUGACUGUUCUUUUCCAACAAGUGAAAUGCCUCUAGGCGAUUUCUGGUGUAAUCCAUGGAAAAUAAGCUGGAACGGCGCAUUUUAUCUCCAAAUUGAAAUUUGUACGAUCUAUUUCAUGCUGCAUCGAAUCAAAGCGUUCAGUAAUAAGCUCCGCAUUCUUGCUGUCAUCCAAUGACGACUCUUAGAAACGGCGUACGAUCAGAUGUUCUGAAAUAAAUACAUUCGUACCCAAUUUCUUUUUUUCCAUGGAUUUUCUGUAGCUUGAAAUCGCCUAGAGGUACGUUAUUUUCAUUAGAUGAGCAUUUUCAUUGAUAUAAUCAUGUUUAUUGCCAAAAGUACUUGUAAGUAGGUUUUUUUUUUCCUUUGCUAUAUAUACUGAUUAUAAUGCUAAAUGACUUAUUCUUAUGUAGUAUAUGAAAUAUGUGUAUUGUGUAUAAAAGUAAAAUGAAAAAGGUAGCAUGCAUGAUAGCAUUUUAGUGGUUUAGAGCUAUUCGUAAUCAUCAAUUUUCCAUCAAAUCACCCAUAAUUAAACAAACAAAAAAAGAAAAUUGUAGCAUGCUAGCCGAACAGUCGUGUAAAAUAAUGCACUGUGCCCUGUCAACAGUGAGCAUAUAAUUGUUGCGAAAGCGCUGUGUAUAAAAUUGUAUAAUCGAUGAUGCCAUUGCGAUUGUUAUUUAAAAGCAAACAUGGAGUCUUUUAGUAAAGUGGUUCCCUUAGAACGACAGGGACCUGGGGACAAGUUUGUUGUGUAAAAAUUCUUCUUCUGUCGUUCCGGUGAUUCCUACGAUUCGAGUAAACGGUGUAUUCAUGUGUAUUCAUGUGUAUUCAAACCUGUGGGUGGACAUGACGUUCUUUACUGCGUGGUAAAACUGAAGAUUCAUUUUUUUUUAUAUUUGCUGAAAUGUUGAAGUGUAGUUAUAUGUAGUGUAUAAUAUAGAGAGAGUGGACAAAAAAUGUGAUUUCACACAAUCAGUGAAAUGUUUAACCUUUUAAAUAAUGGCUAUUAAAAGAAUCAUUCCCUUUUUGAUGAUGGGACUGACACGAUAUUACAACA